GUCUCGUUGCCACCAAACUGUCUUCAAACCCCCCUUAUCUGAGCUGAACGGGUUAACUAUUCUGUUCCUGGUUAAAUGUGAACAUAAGUAAAGUAAUUCAAAACCAAAACGUAACGUGACGUCUCUAAUGACGGACCUUUCGCAGAGUGGGGAACUUCGAAUUGGUCACUGAUGUAGGGGGCAGCAGCGGCAGAGGCGGAAGUAGCAGCAGCGUCUCUCGGUGCGGCAGUGUCGUCACUCGUCGGUCGGUGUCGCAGAGUCUGGAGCAGCAGUAUGUGGUGGUUAGCCUCGGGCUAACUGUUAGCCUCCGCCGCUCGGUGCUUUAGUGUUGUUAACGGCAGGGAGUCGAACCUGUUCACAGAUGUGCCCGCUGCUUACAACUGUACUGUAGGACGUUCUCUGCACUGUGUGUCCAUCGAUGUGACGGAGCUAGUCAGCAACACAUCCAGCCUCACUAUGGGUCAGGACCGGGGCAGAUACGACUUCUACAUCGGCCUGGCCUUGGCCAUCAGCUCCAGCAUCUUCAUCGGGGGAAGCUUCAUCCUGAAGAAGAAGGGACUGCUGCGCCUGGCGAGGAAGGGCUCCAUGAGAGCAGGUCAGGGUGGUCAUGCUUAUCUGAAAGAGUGGCUGUGGUGGGCUGGUUUACUGUCAAUGGGAGCCGGUGAAGCAGCAAACUUCGCAGCGUACGCCUUCGCUCCUGCGACUCUGGUCACUCCACUGGGGGCACUCAGUGUCCUUGUCAGCGCCGUGCUGUCGUCGUACUUCCUGUCGGAGCGCCUGAACCUUCAUGGAAAGCUGGGAUGUCUGCUCAGUAUCCUGGGCUCCACGAACAUGGUGAUCCAUGCGCCCCAGGAGGAGGAGAUCACCAGUCUGGAACACAUGGCCAGGAAACUGGUGGACCCAGGAUUCUUCGUGUUUGCCACACUCGUCAUCAUCGUGGCCGUCAUCUUCAUCUUCGUGGUGGGUCCUCGUCACGGUCAGACCAACAUCCUGGUCUACAUCACCAUCUGCUCGGUGAUCGGAGCGCUGUCCGUGUCCUGCGUCAAAGGACUGGGAAUCGCCAUCAAAGAAGCCAUUGCGGGGAAAAGCGUGGCGAGGAACCCGCUAGCGUGGUUGCUGCUGGCGGCUCUGGUGGCGUGCGUGAGUACGCAGAUUAACUACCUGAACAAAGCGCUGGACAUCUUCAACACGUCCCUGGUGACGCCCAUUUACUACGUCUUCUUCACCACGUCCGUCCUCACCUGCUCCGCCAUCCUCUUCAAGGAGUGGGAGCACAUGGAGGUGGGCGACGUGAUCGGAACGCUGAGCGGCUUCCUCACCAUCAUUGUGGGCAUCUUCCUGCUCCACGCCUUCAAGGAUGUCAACGUCAGUCUGGCGUCCCUCGCUGUGUCCAUGCGGAAGGACGAGCGCGCCAGCUUCCCCGCGGCCAACGGCGCGGCAGUGCACAGCACCUACGAACUGCUGCACGAGUCCACGGAGGACGCGGACGACAGAGACACGGGUUUGUCUUUUGACAGCGUUUCCAGAAGAAACGGGGCGAUGAUGUCAUCGCUGGAUCAUUAAGACUUUGAUUUUUUUUAAUAUCAGCACCGUACUGACCAAUCACGUCACUGCUGUGGUUUAGGACAAUCAGCUGUUUGGGACUGACCAGUGGAUUGUAUUCAAAGUUUAAUUUGCCUUACUUCUUUCUUAAAGGAAGAGUUCAGGUUUUUUAACCUUAAGUGUGUUCGUAUGAGGUUCACACACGAGCGCUGUGAGCUGGAGACAGGUCAUCACAUGCUCAGAGACUCACUUAAGUCUUAAGAACAUGAUCAUGUCUUUAUCUCACUGUUGGACAAACCACUCACUCUCCCACACUAAAGUCCAUAGAGAAAAUCAGUGAUUUUAACUCACAGGGACACAGGAGCUGCUGGUCCUCUGCUGCCUCGUGUGGUCACUUUGUGUCACUGAGCUAAUUCUUAAUGAAAUAUUUCAAAAGCUUAAGUGACAAAAUAAGACAUUAGAAUUUAGUGAUGGAGGCAGCAGUGGAUCAAGUUCUGUGUGCUGUGACGUUAAAAUUACUGAUUUUCUCUAUGAAGUUUGGUGAGUGAGUGGUUUACAAACUUCAACAGAAGUUGGGAUGACCUGAUACUGGUCAGAAUCAGUAAAUAGAAAAACAAACAAUCACCAUCCUCCACAUAAGAGGUGUCUGAUUUGCGUGUUGUGUGAACAGUGUUUACAUGUAAUAGUGAGAUAAAGAUAUUGUUUACUCAUUGAGGCUUUACCUCGUACGACACCGGAAAAAAACCUGAACUGUCCCUUUAAAGUCAUACUUCUGUAGCGUUUUGUUUUUUUUCUAUAGGAAUAAUGUUGUUAUACAUUCCUGCAUAAUUCAUGCACUGACUUUGUUUCUACAAAUCAAACAGAGAUGAGUUUAUAUAAUAAAUGUGUAAAUGAAGAGUGGUCGCUAUGGCGACGUUCACUGCGUUUUCAUCCCCCUGAACCCUCUUUUGUAACAAACACUUGAGAUGAAUCGACAGAUUUGUUACAUAUUUAUUGAAUUAAAAUGAUUUAAAACAAGGCAGAGUGAAUAAAUGCUUAACACGA